AUUCACGGACUCAUUAGAGAAUCUAGAAGAGUUCCGAAGAUUUUGUAAUCCGAAGGAGGAAUAUAUUGAUGGAUUUUAUGCUUGCAAAACGUGAGAAAAGUGAGCAUCAUGUCGGAACAUCCUUGUCAUAAUCUCAGUAAUACAGAAAAACAGAUAUUUACAUGUCGUCAUUGUAUGGCCAAGUUUUUUGACCCGAUUCAAAGAUGGAGACAUAGUAAAAACUGCAAAAGGGAUGCACCAUCGAAAAUUAAAGAUGGAACAGUAUCGCCAAACGGCGCUGGGAAAAGAGAGCAUUCUGCAGAGAAUGUGGAGAAAAUUGGCAGUAAUAAGAAACGACAGAAGAAAGAAAAUCCGCUCAGCUGCUUAAUUUGUAAAUCUGUCUUCACUACUCUGGAAGAGAUGAAAGAACAUGUCAAACAUCCAUGUAGCAAACCUGUUGUUACUAAAUCUCAAUCUCUACACCACACCAAUCCAGAACUGGACAAUUUUGAACAUCAGCUCCAACAGUUACGAGAUGCGAAGGGGGAUGAUAUUGCGACCAACCAGAUUGAGUCUCUACUAAGAGCAGCACAAGCUCUCCAUCAACAGCAACAGGAGCAACAGAAGCAGCAAGCACAGCAGCUACAAAAUGUGGAAACGGAAGUAAUACCAGAUGGGGGUAAUCCAGAUUGGUUGUAUAAUCAAAAUGAACCAGUGUUGUGUAGUGUGGAAGAGUAUGGAGAACCAGCAUUUCCAAGUUACUCCACCAUAGAAGGAUCAGAUGGAAUGCAAGUAGUGAGGGUAGAACAGGUGACGUCCACCCCCCCAGUGGACGAGGAUCGCAGUCUUCAUACGCCUCCAAUAAGCCUUGUAGCAGAGGAUUAUAAACCAGAAGCCACUCAGGAAAUCACUUUGACCUCAACUAACCAAGAUGCACCCACCAACAACGCCCAGAUAAGCUUUAGUGGACCACAAGUAGUCAACUUCAAUCCUGAAAAUAGGGACCUGUCAGUCUCAUUUGAAAGUAAUGCAUGUAAUAACGAGGGUGGCUCGUCAGCGGAGAAGUUCAUUUUGUCAACUGUUGGUGUAGUUGAAAACUUUAAUUCGCAGCAGGCCUCAUCUGCCCAGGAUCCAGGCAGUGAUGGCAGUAUCGUUCUGCCUAGUGAAGUGAGGCUGGUUGGCAGUGAUGGUACGACAGUGACUUUGGUGCUCUCCCCAGACGCACCUAGUAUGACUUCAAAAACAGGAAAUCCAGGGGAUGAAUUUGAUCUCAUUUCACAGGUCAUAGGAGAAGAUUUGAAUCAACAGGAGUCAGCAGAAAAAAAUUGUAAAGAUAUUUCAAAGUUUCCUGAUGAUGUUGACACAAAGGCCAAUUAUAAUUCAAGCAAAGGACCAGGAGUUGAUAUAUCUUGUGGUUCCAAUUUUUCUGAUAAUGAACACAAUUUCAAAUGGGAACAAGCAAUAACAAGUGAACAAGACAUCAUAAAUAAAGCAAAAAAUGAGCAGUCUGAUACCUCUGAAAGCAUAAAACACUGUGAACAAAUUAUUACUGGAACUAACUCAGAACAAGAGACUGAAAUGAAAAAAUGUCUGUCUGGUGAACACGUGGCAAGACCUACAGAAUCAACAGACUCACAGGAGAAAGAAUAUACCGGUGAUUGUAAGUGUACAAGCAAAACUCAAGAACCAGUUGUGAAUGAUGUGAUGGACCAAACGAAAGAAUCUGAUGCACAAACACCUUCCAAGCAAAGCUUAACUGAAAAGGAUUUGAAAUCUCAAUCUGAAGUCAAAGUGUCCAAAAAGAAACCAAAGACUCCGAAAAUUCCAAAGUGUAGAAUUUGUGACAAGGUGUUCAGAACAAUAGAGGUUCUAAGGAAGCACAAUAAAGUACCGUGCAAGGUAAGACUGACAAGAAAUCUCACUCAGAAAGUCUUAAGACCCAAGAAACUGGAAAAACCUGUGCCUCAACCGACUGCUAAGAGAAAGAAAAAGCAGAAACCAGCGCCAGCCAAACCAAAAAUGAUUACACUCAUUAACAGGCGGUUUUCAGAUACCAGAUUAGAAUUAAACAAGGACAAGAAGGGAAAGCUUAAGACAAGGAGGAAAUCUCUUUACGACUUCAACUUCUGCAUCACAAGAAGUAGUGAAUAUAGAAAUGCAAGUCUGGAUGUUUUAGUGAAGUAUGACACUUUGAAUGAGAAGGAACAACAUUUCUUUCAUUUAGGUCUCAUGGCAACAGUUCAUUUACCUUCAGACUACAAGACACCAAAAUCUCUCAUUAGACGAGUUUUGAAAGAGAAUGGGUCUCGCAUAUUGGAAAAGGUUGAUGAUGGAGAGGAUAUAAAUUCUGUGGAAAAAGAUGAACCUCCAGUUUUGGAGAAAGUAGUGGAUGCAGCUGGCAGGCUUCAGGAAGAUAUCUAUAUUCUGAGAGAUGAGAUUAACGAUGAUAUAGAACCUCCAGUGUUGACGACUGUUGCACAGUUGGACAGUACCCGUACUGAAGUAGAUGUAUCAGAAGACAUGAUAUGCCCAGUUCUAAAUGCCUCAUCAGAUAAAGAUGAAGAAACUGGUGCCAUCUUACCUAUGAAAGAACAAGUCAGUCGCCUAGAUGAACUCAACAAGGAGAACAAUUUUGAACAUGAAAAUCUUGCCACAAAAUUACCAGAUGCUUUGAAUUCUGAAAAAUUACAACUUACAGAACAAAUAUCAAAACCAUCUACCCAAAGCAAAGAUGAAAACAGGACAUCAGAAAUGUUAACUACACCAGGAACUGUUUCACCUUUCAAAUCACCAAACAAAACACUGAUUGAACGACAUUUCACAGACGCUAUGGAUGUUUUCAGUGAUACAUUUUCAGACAAUUCAGAAUUCACCAAGACAAAAGUGAGGGAUGAAGAUACCACCAAGCCAUCUUACAGUGUGACACUAGGAUUGCAAACAGACAUACCAGCAGUCACUGACAAAGUCAUGUAUCCAAGAUCUGCUUUUAUUUUAAAGUGUCUUAAAAGGUUAGAAAAUAAACAUAGAAAUGUUCAAGAUCACAAGCCUUUGUCUACAGAUGAGAAAGUUGGAAGGAAGAAUUUGUUUGAGAGUCUAGAAAAUGUUUCGAGCUGUUCCAAAGAUGUUUGCAAGUCUGAUAUUUGUAGUCAAGGAAAAGAAGCCAAAAAUUCAAUAGGAAGCUGUAGUGGCAUAGAAGAAGUGGUCGUAUUUCCUAAACCAGUGGACCCAAAGAAUUUAGAAUAUCGUAAACCAACAUUUACUAUUCCUUCAAAUGAAGAAAUUUUAACUUAUGAAGAUGAUAAUGUGGUGGUCAGGAAACAACCAGAGCUAGAUUCAGUUAGUCCUGAGAAUGGUAGGGAUCUACUGCAGAUCAUUGCAAAGACACUGGGAAUCUUUCCUUCAACAAAACGUAAGCCUCAAGAAAAUCCCUUGAAAGGAUCACCAAAGAAGUACAAGGAAAGGAAGCCUGAAGAUAUUGCUGAUGAUAAAGAUGGCAUGCAGAUUAUUGUUAUGAAUAAUGCCGCCGAGUCCAAAGAUUACACUAUGGGAAUUGAUGUCAUAAAUGUUCCCAAAAACUUAAAUGAAGAACUGAGGAAAGCAGCAACAGAACUAGAAAAUAGGGUCGAGUUUGAGGAUGAGAGUUCCCGUAGUCUCCAUUUCAGUGAUGACAGUACAACUGUUUUAGGAAGAGUGAGUUCUACAGACAAGGUAGGCAGCUGCCAUCAUGUGCCUGGAGAUAUAUCUAUACCGGAAGAAGUAUAUGAGUUUCUUGAGGAUUAUGAAACUGUAAGUCCCAGUGCAUGUAAAACUGAUCAUAUUCAUGGUUAUAUAACCCAAGACAAUGCAGCAAAGAACAACAUUCAUUUGAUACCCGGUCCGCAAGUUAAAACCAGUGAAGUUGUGGAUAUUCAUUUCAACACCUGUUCUAAAGAACCAUUUACUAAUCAACCCGAAUCUCAUGCUUUUUCACGAAAUCCUUUGGAAACAAUCAAGUCGCAAUCUGAAAUCUUAAAGGAUUCCUCAACAAAUACUGUAGAUGUGAGUGGUCAAAAUUUACUGACAACACACUUGCAAAAUGAGGAGGAUUUGCCUCUGUAUGCGAUUCCAGUUGGCUAUGUUUCUGACGAUAACCAAAGCAGCAAAACAUUCCUUUCUCUGAAUCAAGAUAUUAGUACUUCGUUCAGCCAGUCAUCUUCCAAAGCAGCUUUUCCACUACAGAAAGUUAAUGCUGUAAAGACUCGUGUUCAAAAGGCAGAUGUGACUACAGCAUUUGCUGAGAAUGAUGUGUUUGAGAUAGAAAAUAUUCAAGAAGACAGCAGAGAUGGGAUUACCAAAUUGCCUGCCAAUGUUCCAGAUAGUAAUCAGGAUCAACUUUGGAGCCGGAUUUUGGAGGAGUACAAGGCAGAGCGUCAACAGCAUCAGGAACCUGUAAUCCAAAACAGUAAUCCAAGGCCUGGCUUUAUUAGUCAAACACAUCAACAACGGCAUAGAAAUUUAAGUAGCAUAGACAUCAAUACAGAAUCAUUCAUUUCAAAGCCAGAAUUAACACGAAGUUACAGUACUAGUGCUUGCUCAACAAUUUGUGAUACAUCAAACCAAAACCUUUCUAACUGUGAUAAUCCAGGAGAACUGCCUUCUAUGACAUGUUCCUUUUCACCUACAAAUGACAGUCAUUCUCUGAAACUCAUAUUUAGAAAAGAAAAAUCACCCCAAGAACAGAUACCUCCUCUAAAUACAACUUCUAGUGAUCAAGUGAGAAUUAUUCAAAGUGUUAGUGAUAGAGAAACUUUCAUUGAAUCUAAUAUGUCUUCUGCUGUUUCUGAUCCUCCAUCUGCUAAUUUGGAAGAGUCCAAUUUUGAGGAAGGAGAUUCUUUGCCUUACAUGAUUGUAGAUACUGGAGUAGAAAUUUGUAGAAAAGCAAUGGGUACUGAGGAAGAUGAGGACAAUUCAGAUGAUGACUGGGAUUUAGGAAAAGGAAUAGAAUCGCAGGAUGCAAUCACUUAAUUACACAUAAUGCAGUAGUAUAUGUAGUAAAAUUAUGAUCUUUUGAAAAAAAUGCAAUUUUUUGGGUAAGAAAAACCUCUUUUUAUCACAUUUCACUUCAGUUUAUUACUUGUAUAUACGCAAGAUUUUCUACUGCAGACAGAGGUCAAAAGUACCAGAAUUGUAGAAUAUUUCAUUAUGCUUUCAAACAUUGAUAUAUUAAAAGUGAUAUUUUAGUUUGAAACUAGUUUUAAUCCAAUGACCAAAAAUUAACUAUUGCUUUAAAAGCUCUUAAGUUUCUGCAGUUUCUUUUUUACCAUGUUUAAAGAAAUUUUCAGGGUUUUUAAAAAAAUACAUGAGGGUAUGAAAUGCAACACUUUAUGCCCACAUACUUCAAAAAGUGCAUUAGCACUUCAUGAAAAGAAUACUGUUAUGAAGCAUUGUUGUUGAUACCUUCGUGUAUUUUCAAAAAUGUAAUUUAUUUCUUAUAUUUACAUUCUCCUUUAAUGUCAGCCGUUAAAAUAGAUGUACUAUAUUCAUCAAGAUCCAUACGCUCAUUUUUCACAACUACAGCGCAUUCAUGAGGAAAUGGCCAUCAUUACAAUUUGUGAAGUAUCAAAACCAAAAAUAUUGGAAAUGUUCAUCUUUAUUGAUAACGUAACGUACAGACAGACGUGAUACAACUUUUUGAGUGUGAUUUAUGUUUGGUUUUUUAACUUCAAAGGAUAGAAAGAAGAACUAGGUUUCUAAAAACUUCAAGGGAUAGAAAGAAAAGCUUGGUUUUUAAAAACUUCCAAGGGAUAGAUAGAAAAACUGAUCAACAGAUAUUGUGGUGGAAAUUGGACCAAACAUGGCUUUUGAAAAAAGAACAUCAGUUUAUAUGAAAAUUGUAUUUUGAAUUUUAUUUUUUUUUUAUAGUCUUGGUACUUUUUUUCAUUGUCUGCAGUUUAUGAUUUCUCCAGUCUGUGAUAGCUUUAAGAUGUGUGGUCGAAUUUUUUUAUGAUUUGAUAAUUUCUCUUACAGAUUUUAAAUGUGUUUCUUGCAUACGUUUAUUUGAUUUGUAUACAGAACUUCAUAUCCUAUAACAUCUAAGUGCCAAACAUUUCCCUGAAGACGAAUUUUUAAACAGAACAUACCAACUUGGAAAUCUUAUUAAAUUUUUUUUUACUAUAGUAUUUUGCAUGUUGUAUGACAGAAAAUUGGAUGAUGGAGGGAUUCCUUGAUUAACUUCUACUUUUACGUUCAUCAAGACGGGUUGUAAAUUUUCCUCUUUUGCACAAAAUCAGUUUUAUUUUUUACAUUUUAUAGUAAAAUGCAUGCAAAAUGAACAUUAAUUAGAUGUUUAUUAGAAUGGUAUGUUUAAAUUACGGUAAUUUUGAAAUCAAACUGUAAAUUUUAACAUAACUCUAACAUUAAUUGCACUAAAUCAAUUGAAUACAAUCAUAUAAGUUAGUUUUGAAACAGGUUUGAUGGAUUUUAUCGAAGGCUAUGAGCACUUGGGUGUGCUUCACGGUCGAAUUGGAAAUGGAUGAAUUGAUUUUUGUUGCGGUUAACAGGGAAAAGCAAAAUUCCAGUCCUUCCAUUUACAUAAGAGCUGCACAUAAGAAACAGAGGAAUAUGAUAAAGAUAUGUACGGAGAUAAAGGGUUAAAUAAAUAUAUGUAUUCAGCAUAACGUAAAUGUCUUGUUCACUUGUAAUUGCAGAUUACUUAUUGUAGUUCAGAAAACAGGUGGUUUUUCGUAAAGUUUAAAAAUUGCUAUUGUAUGUUUGUUUUCAUGCAUUUGAUAUUUUGAUUUCUGUUAAUCCUGUAUACAGAAAUGUUAAUAAAAAGCAUAUUCGUUCG